CUUCCACUCUGCUGGAGUCACCGAGACACCUCUGAACAGGUCUCCGCCGCCGACACUCCUAUCUCCUGUUCGACAGCUCCAUGCUAACUCAUAAACUGUGUAGCACUGACGAUAGCUUCGGCUCGCUGCUUCAUGUCUUUAAGAAGCAUUAGCGCCGAUUUGUUUUACAGUUUUUAAGCAUGUCUAAAGUCAACCUCCCCAACGACAAGACACUACGUUAACAGUAAAGAUGGACCUGUCGGGCAGGCUUGCAGUGUUGCUGCAGCUGGCUGAGGGCUGCGGGCUCAGCACGGUGCAGCAGGGGGUACAGCAGGUGUGGGGGCUGCUGCUGCUCUGCCUCACCUGCAGACUCUGCUUCAGACUGGGAGGGGAGUCCACGGUGAAGCAUGUGGUUUCCAUAUUGGCGGGGAUGUACGGCCUCUUCCUGUUCUUUGAGCUGCACAUGCUGUGGGUGGUUCUGCUUAGUGUGCUGUGUUACCUGGUUCUGCUUCUCAGCCAACACUCCAGCAGCAAAGGCGUCUUCCUCUCCGUCGUCAUCCUCAUCUACCUCCUGGUUGGAGAGUUGCAUCUGAUUGACAUGGUGACCUGGCAUAGAAUAAGAGGCUCUCAGAUGGUGGUGGCCAUGAAGGCCAUCUCUCUGGCGUUCGACCUGGACAGAGGGGCUGUGGGCAGCUUGCCCUCCCCAGCUCAGUUCCUGGGCUAUGUUCUGUUUGUGGGCACUGUCGUGUUCGGCCCUUGGAUAAGCUUCUCCACUUAUAUGAACGCCAUCGAGGGCAAAAAUCUGAGUUGGCUGUGGCUGAGCAGCUCCUCCCUCUGCCUCCUGAAGAGUCAGGUCUGCCUGCUGGUCUCCACCUGCGUCGCCCCCUACCUCUUCCCUCUGUUCAUCCCCAUCCAUGGAAACACAGUCACACAGAAGUGGCUGCGUGCAUAUGAGAACGCAGUGUCCUUCCACUUCAGUAACUACUUUGUGGGUCACCUCAGUGAAGGCACCAGCAUGCUGGCUGGAGCCGGGGCCACUGAGGAGAAGGACCACAUGAGAUGGGACUUGAGCGUGGUGAAGCCCCUCAGUGUGGAGAUGCCUCGCUCCAUGGUGCUGGUGGUGACUUCCUGGAACAUCCCCAUGUCCCGAUGGCUGAAAACCUAUGCCUUUAAAAACACCAUGAAGCUGGGGACUUUUCCUGCCAUCCUGGUGACAUACACAGCCAGCGCUCUGCUGCAUAUUGUGCCUGAAACGAUGUUCCCUGGUCUAACCAAAGUAGCACUACACACCUUAACCAUGUUUGGAUCAACUGACAGCUGUGAGACAGCUUUCUCUACGAUGAACAUUAUUAAAACAAAGUACCGUUCCAGGCUCACCAAUGAGCAUCUCCACAUGAGCAUGAGAAUGGCACUAACCCCAUUUAAGCCAAGAUUCAAACUGCUGGCAGGACAGUUACAUGCCCAUUUCUCUCACUAGGAAAGGAAGUUGGAAAGGGAGGAAGGAGAGGAGGAAAGGAGAGAGGAGAAAGGGAGCUGCUCAAAGCUCUGCACUUUUCUUUUAUUCAGUAAAUUCUGCCCUGUUCUAUUUUACUUUAAAUGUAGGCAUUAGCCUAAGGUUCCUGUGUUAUUUUAUUUGAAAUGUAGUUAAUGCAUGUUUAAAAAAGGGGGUGGGCAGCUUUAAAGGUCUUUUGUAUCAUUUUUCUUAAAGAUGCACUUUUAUUUUAUUCAAAAGAUUCUGAAUGUUUUUUGAGGCUGCUCAAAGCUGUGUUUGCACUUUUUAUUUAUUUUAUUCAGAAGAAAUUCAGUCUCUGUUGUCUGUUACUUGAAAUGUAGUAGAGACAACUACAGUAUUGUUUUCCAUUCAAGUGCCAUACAAGUUCAGACUUAUCGGUAUGUUAAAAGUAUAUUACUUUGAAAACACUUGAAAUUUGACAAUAAAUGAUAUAGAAAUGUACGUACGUUGUUGAUUUUAUUUACAUCAGAGUACAGUAUUUCAAGUGAAAAUAUAAGAUUCAGACCUUUGCUGAGAGGAAAUUUUAUUAACUGGACCUCAUAGAAUUUUAAUUGAAUACCCCUGACCUAGCCCCUAUCCGAUGGGAGGUAGGGUCCAUGUUGAAAUAUACACAGAUAACCGUUUGUUAACUUUGGUUAAAAGCCGUCACUGUACCCUGACAGUAGUGCAUGAGACGGAUUAAAAAGGCAUGUUCCUGCCUUCCUGACGAUAGGAAAACAGCCAAUCAGAGCCCAGGAGUCUCUAACACUGUCCAUCACUGCUUGUCACCUCCAAUCGAACUGUUGACCGAGGUCAAACAUAAAUCAGAUUAUGCUACUUCAUAGUCUUGCCUCAAAUGUUUUCAGCAACAUAUUUUAGUUUCUAGCUGUGAAAAACCCCUGCUGCCACCAUGUUGGUAAACGAGCCGCUCACAGGGGGGGGUUUAUUUUAUUUCUCGGAAGAUGUAUUUGUUCCUAUCAUGGUCAUGUCCAAAUUCAAAUCUUUCAGUUUGGUUUUCUUUGUAGUACUUUUGUAUGUUGGUGUAUGGGGGGGACUACAUUUGGUUUUUUAUUUUUAUUUUUACUGUAGUAUGUGUUAGAAAAUGAGAUGGUUCAUGUCAAGCAGUGGCUCAGUCAGUAGGGGCUUGGACUGGGAAUCGUAAGGUCGCCGGUUCAAGUCCCCAGACAGACUUGAAAUAUGGAAAGUGGACUGCUACUUGGAGAGGUCCCAGUUCACCUCCUGGGCCCUGCUGUGGUGCCCUAGUGCAAGGCACUAGGAUGGGUUAAAUGCAGAGGACCAAUUUCAUUGUGUGUGCUCUGCUGUGUGCAUGUAUGUGAUAAUAAAGAGGGUUUCAUCCUCCGAUUCUUCAAUGGGUUUCUCUUAGAUGAAUACAUUUUUAGUAUUAAUCUGAAUCAGAAUACCUUUAUUCGUCCCACAGAGGGGACAUGUGCAUUCGUUACAGCAAGAAAAGAGCCAAAGACAGCUUAAUAUUACCCAAAAAGCAUACAUUAAAAAAUAUUAAAGAUAAAAAAGGAAAAAGAAAGAAAUUACACAAUUUACAAAAUACACAUUCUGUAACAGUUCUGAGAUAU